AUGGCGACUUUUGCGAAACCUGAGAACGCACUCAAGAGAGCUGAAGAAUUGAUUCAUGUUGGGCAAAAGCAGGCUGCUCUCCAGGCUUUACAUGAUCUCAUUACCUCGAGAAGGUACAGAUCAUGGCAAAAGCCUCUUGAAAAGAUCAUGAUGAAGUAUGUAGAACUCUGUGUUGACCUGAGGAAAGGAAGAUAUGCAAAAGAUGGUCUUAUUCAGUAUAGGAUUGUCUGCCAGCAAGUAAACGUGUCAUCCUUGGAGGAUGUCAUAAAGCACUUCAUGCAGCUUUCCAAUGAGAGAGCUGAACAAGCUAAGAGCCAGGCAGAAGCCCUGGAAGAUGCUUUGGAUGUUGAAGAUCUGGAAGCAGACAACCGUCCCGAGGACCUGAUGCUCAGUUUUGUUAGUGGGGAGAAAGGAAAGGACCGAUCAGAUAAAGAGGUUGUCACUCCUUGGUUUAAGUUCCUCUGGGAGACAUACAGGACGGUUCUUGAGAUACUAAGGAACAAUUCAAAGCUUGAAGCGUUAUAUGCUAUGACUGCUCAUAGGGCUUUUCAAUUCUGUAAGCAGUAUAAGAGAACAACUGAAUUCCGUAGGUUGUGUGAGAUCAUCAGAAAUCAUCUUGCCAAUCUCAACAAAUAUCGCGAUCAAAGAGAUCGGCCUGAUCUGACUGCACCUGAAAGUUUACAACUGUAUCUUGAUACACGUGUUGAACAGCUUAAAGUUGCUACAGAGGUUUCCCUAUGGCAGGAAGCCUUCCGAUCUGUGGAAGAUAUCCAUGGUUUGAUGAGCAUGGUGAAGAAAAUGCCCAAACCUUCUGUCUUGGUGGUGUAUUAUGCAAAAUUAACUGAAAUUUUCUGGAUAUCUGAUAGCCACCUUUAUCAUGCGUAUGCAUGGCUCAAGCUUUUCAACUUGCAAAAGAGCUACAAUAAGAACUUGUCACAGAAGGAUCUACAAUUAAUAGCAUCUUCUGUCUUGCUCGCUGCACUAUCUGUGGCACCUUAUGACCAAAAAUAUGGUGCAUCUCAUUUUGAGGCAGAGAAUGAGAAGGAGCGUAACAUGCGGAUGGCCAACCUUGUUAACUUCUCGCUUGAUUCCAAGCGUGAAAAUAGGGAAAUGCCUUCAAGAGCUUCUCUUCUAUCCGAAUUGGUGUCCAAAGGAGUCCUUUCAUGUGCUUCCCAAGAAGUGCGAGAUUUAUACAACCUUUUGGAACAUGAGUUUCUCCCUCUGGACCUUGCAUCAAAAGUGCAGCCACUUCUUUCAAAGAUUUCAAAGAUUGGAGGGAAGCUUUCAUCAGCUUCUUCUGUUCCAGAGGUUAAGUUAUCUCAGUACAUAUCAGCAUUGGAGAAGCUGACAACAUUGAGAGUGCUGCAACAGGCCUCUUUUAUUUUCCAGUCCAUGAAGAUUGAUAUGCUCUCAAGAAUGAUCCCUUUCUUUGACUUCUCUGUUGUGGAGAAGAUUUCUGUUGAUGCUGUGAAACACAAUUUUGUUGCUAUAAAAGUUAACCAUUUAUCAGGAGCUGUUCAUUUUGGUACUGUGGACAUAGAAUCUGAUGGAUUAAGUGAUCACCUUAGUGUUCUGGCUGAUUCAUUAAAUAAAGCGAGGAAUCAUAUUCGUCCACCAGUGAAAAAGCUGACUAAACUCGGUGAAAGUCUCAUUAGUUUGGCUGGAAUAGUGGAGAAUGAACAUAAGAGGCUUCUUGCAAGAAAGUCCAUCAUUGAAAAGCGCAAAGAAGAGCUUGAGCGCAAAAUAUUGGAGAAGGAAAAAGAAGAAGAAACAAAGAGAAUGAACAGUCAAAGGAAAACUGCGGACGAGGAAAGGGUGAGGCUUCUCAAUGAACAGAAGCAGAGGGAGCACGAGCGGAUUCGUAGAGAGAUAGAGGAAAAAAAUAAAGCAGAAGCAAAAAAGUUGCUAGAAGACUUGAAGAAAGCAGGGAAAAAACAUGUCGUUGUUGAAGGGGAGCUUACUAAGGAGGCCAUCAUGGAAUUGGCAUUGAAUGAACAGUUGAAGGAGCGCCAGGAAAUGGAGAAAAAACUGCAGAGGCUUGCAAAAACAAUGGAUUAUCUGGAAAGGGCAAAAAGGCAGGAAGAGGCACCACUGAUCGAGCAAGCUUUCGAGAAACGUCUUGAGGAAGAGAAGAUCCUUCACGAGCAAGAGCAGCUUCGGGAGAUUGAACUCAGCAAGCAACACCAUGCUGGCGACUUGCAAGAGAAAAAUAGACUUUCUCGAAUGUUGGAACACAAGAAUGCUUUCCAGGAGAAAAUCGUCCAACGUCGUGAAGCUGAGUUUGGCCGUCUGAAAAAAGAGAGAGAUGAACGGAUCAGUCAGCUGAUAUCAUCAAGAAAGCGUGAAAGGGAGACAGUAAGGAAAUUGAUGUAUUAUCUGAACCUGGAGGAACAGCGGAUUGAAAGGCUUCGCGAGGAAGAGGAAGCUAGAAAACGUGAAGAGGAAGAGAGGAGGAAGAGAGAGGAGGCUGAAAGGAAAGCUAAGCUUGAUGCUAUUGCUGAAAAGCAGCGACUGAGAGAGAUGGAGUUGGAGGAGAAGGCAAAGACGAGCAGGGAGAAGCUCUUGAAGGGAUCUGAGGCUGUGCACACUCCUGAUUCUACACCUGUUGCACAGCCACCUCGUGAGCCAGCAGCAGCCCCUGCUGCAGCUGCGGCAGCCGCUGCUCCAGCUCCUGGUAGAUAUGUUCCUAAGUUUAAACUCAGCGGCGAUAGCGGCAGCAGCUCUGGUGGCAGCCAGAGGCCAACAGAUGUGCGCUCACGCGAUGAAGACCGCUGGGGUCCACCUGGUGGGAGCCAGAGACCAACAGAUGUGCGCCCACGGGAUGAAGACCGCUGGGGUCCACCUGGUGGCAGCCGGAGGCCAACAGAUGUGCGCCCACGCGAUGAAGACCGCUGGGGUCCACGUGGAGAGCGCUCGCGCCCUGAUGAGUGUUCACUCAGGCAAGAUGGCCCUCCUGCGCGACAGGAUGCACCCCCACCCCGCCAAGAUGGCCCUCCUCCGGCUACUGACCGCUGGCGUGGUGGAUCAAGAUUUUCCUCAAACUCUUCGUCCUCCUCGUCGACCUGGUCCACCAGGCCACGGAACUAA